UGAUUUUUACAUCAAUGUGACAUAAGUCGCAUUUAAUUUUUUGUAAGAAACUGAAUAUUAUGGAAGGAAUUUAUGUUAGCAUUGGGGCYUUUAUUUUAUAUACACUCAGUACUCUAGCAGUAGCAAAACCCUUCGAGGAAGAAAAAAGUUUUAGUGAUGACAAUAAAUUACACUGUGUAGAAUCAAACGAAGGAGGAUUAAAUAACGAAGGGGGUAAUUCUAACUCAUUUGCCGAGUUUUACAAACCUCGGUCAAGAUUCGAAGGGGUGGAAAAAUACCCCAUCUUUGAUACGAAAAGAUCCGCUUCGGAGGAGUUUUAUGAUAAAUCCCCCAGCAGUUCAUUGGAAAAACGCCAGGUUGGGGUGGUGUAUAAAGACGAAAUGCCAAUUGGUAUCCUACAACCUUAUCAACGCUCUUACCGAUUUAUACCAAUUAAGGAGGAAAGUUCGGUUAAUUUUGACUCUGGUCAAGCCCAAGAUGUUUCUUACAAUGCCCCAAGUUUCACAGAUAUUGACAAGAGGGAAGCAAAGGGAACAGAUUUCGACUUGUCAGGAAUCGACGAAACCUAUCCCUCCAUCCUGACAAAUUUCAAAAUCGUCAACAAACUGGAGAAAAAACGGAAUUACGAUGACAAGAAAAUCCGCGACUUGAAAGCCACCAUUCGCCGCUUAAGAUCAGCCAACCCCCACGACAACGAAAAAAUCGAAGAAGAACUGAAGAACAUCCUAGACGACAUGGGCCUCAUCGAAGACGAAGAAAGUCACGGAGUAAAACGUGAAGCAACCGAUUCACUAACAGACCAAUCAGAAAACGAAAGAAACAAAAGAGACGACUGUAACAACAACAAUAACAACAACAAUGCCAACAGCAAACCGGCCCAAAACACCGCCACAGACACACAAAGAAACGAAAAAACUGACACUUUCAGCCACCCCACUUUAUACAAACGAGAAUCGGAUGAAACCUACCGAAGAAAAAGGCAAAAAAACGAACUCGUUGAUAAUCUAAAAGACUCGGGGGACUUGAUGCUAAGUGGGAACAAAUCGCCGCUAGCUGCAAGCUCCGAGACAGCCAAUCAAGAAGCUGAUAAAGAAGCAGAUAAGAGGUCAUCCGAUGAGGAGGAAGACUACGAAUCGAGAAUCGAGCGAGACAUUCAAAAUAAAAUCAAUUCAUUGAAAGAAGAGGUAAAGAGACAAAUUGAUGCUUUGAAGAAGAAGCAAGACGACGAUGAUUAUGAAGAAGACUACCAGAGGAAGAAACGUCAAGUUUACGAUUCCUUGAUGAAUGAAGAAACUGAUCAGGUGAAUCCCGCGAUGAAUCCAGAGAAUGAACUCAAGCCUCUAGUGAGGAAACGAAGAGAAACUGAGUCUUUUGACGAUGAAAAAACAAGAAUGGAGAGGUCUCCCGAUUCUCGCAAACAYGAGGAAUACAAGUCCGAAAACGAAAAAGGCGAAGAAGGCGGGGAAUUGCUGGGGGAUUUUGAUGAGGGUGCAGUGGCAAAACGAGAAGUUUUUAAUCCAGAGUAUGAGAGUUUGGAUGAAGGGUAUGACAGYAAUAAACGCUCGGGGGUUCCCCUAGAUUACGAGAAUUUUUUCUAUAACAACUAUUUUUACAAUGGCCGGGCCAAGAGGCAAAAUCGGGGGCGUUUCGCCCCCUUGAGACCAAACCGGUGGAAUUCCCGAUUUCGGAGGAGGAUUAACGAGGAUCAAGGUAUGGGUAAUAGGCCCCAACAGCUGAGUGAUAUGUCUGAUUUAGAUCUUUUUGGAGCGUUGCCGAAAAGUUACGAUGGGGAGUUGUCAAGAUAUAAGCGGGUCAAACGGAAGUGAUUAUAUUUUUUAAUGUAUUUUUAUUAAAGAUAUUACACAACUGUAA